UGACGUGGCACCGGGGCUCACAUCACUGCUCCGCGGCUUUCUGAGUGUUCUUCUACCGGCUCUCCUCUCAGCGGGGACACACGCGGAGCUGAAUUGAGAGAUGUGGCUGGUUCUCCUGCUCAGUCUCCUGCAGAGCACCGCGGCCUACGACGUGGACACGGAGAAGCUACAGGGACUGGCCAAAGCCCGGGUGGAGACGUGUGGAGGAUGACAGCUGAACAAGCUCAGAGAGGUGAAGGCCUUCGUGGUCCAGGACAUUCCUCUGUACCAUAACCUGGUGAUGAAGCACAUUCCUGGAGCUGACCCAGAACUCGUCCUACUGAACCACUACUUCGAGGAGCUGGACCGGAUCCCUCUAAGCGACAUGACACGCUCGGAGAUCAACGCUCUGCUGGGCAAACUGGGCUUCUAUAAAAAGGAGCAAUCGGACGACGAAGUACCAGAGGAGUUCAGGUUCUCACCUGCCAAAGACAGCCCCUUCCCCGACGAGCCCCCAUUCAAGUCAGCCGUGGCCUCCGAGCCCAAGGAGCCCGAGCACACCGACCUGUAGGGGGAGACACUGGUGGCCCUGGGUGAGGUGUGUCGUCCGCAGGGAGCGUCAAUGGGUCCCUGCAUCGUGUGGAGCACCCUGAGUCAGUCUGCCGUGUCCCGCUUGCCUCCGCCCACGCCCAAUGACGCCCCAGGCACAAAGCGCUGCAGGUCUGGGGCCGACACUCUGCUGGGGUGGGGCCAGCCGGGCACGCAGGGACUCGGGGCCCUGCAGAACAAUGGAUUCACUACAAUCUAACGACCUGUGAUUUAUUUGACUAUAACUCUUACUUAAAGGGGACCUGUUGUACAAAUUCUUUAGCUUUUAACCAUAGUUGUUUGUAUUAUAAAAACUUGUUAGCAUGUUGUUGACAAUUAUUUUCAAAUUGUGUUAGGACUGUUGCCAGCAAAGUGUAUAAGCAUAUUAAAGCCACAGUGUGUAACUUUUCAGUCGAAAUUAGACAAAAUUGUUUUGGUUUUUAUUUCAUUUUGGUUGUUUAUUGCACUGAAAAACUUGUGUCCUUACUGUGGGAUUUUCAUCUCCACAAAUCUGACUUUUAUUUGGCCUCGUGCUUCUUUUCAUGGAAAUGUUGGUCUUUGGCUAUAAUCUUCCACAGGAUGGUCUAAAACUGAACUAUUUUCACGGAGAAUGUUCCAAAUUAUGGUUUUAACUUUGUAUUUCCAUGGAAUCCAUGGAUUCGUGCAGGUGGCAUGCUACCUUCAGAAAAUUACACACUGUACCUUUUAAGUUAUAAAAAAGAGCAAAUGAUGCAAAGCUACAAAGAGAUUUAAAAAAACAAAACAAAACUGCAUAAUGUGUCUCCUUUAACCUGGAA